AUGUCAUACAACAGACCCCCGCCUCAGCCUCCAUUGGGCUAUCCUCCUCAAGGACAGUCUACCUACUCCCAAAACCCAGGAUACGGCGGUCCUCCUCCUGGCGGCCCUCCAGGAGGUAAUUACCCGCCUCCGCAACAGGGCGGCUACUAUCCCCCCGGACCAUAUGGCGGUCAUCCCCAGGGACCUCCCCCUCAAGGCUAUCCCUAUCCACAGCACAGCUCACAUCCGCCGCCGCUACAAGGAGGCUACGGCCAACCACCUCCCGGUCCCUAUGGAGCUCCACCGGCUCAUAUGGGCGGAUACAAUGCCGCACCGCCAGCUGCCCCCUCUCUCGGAUAUAUCCCCAAUCAGGUAGCACCAGGCGAUUUCAGGCCUCAAGCGGAUGCUUUACGCAAGGCUAUGAAAGGAUUUGGAACCGAUGAAGCCGCAUUGAUUCGUGUCCUCGCGCAUUUAGACCCUCUGCAAAUGGCCGCCGUGCGAGAGACAUAUACGCGGCAUAUCAACCGCGAUUUAUACAAGGACGUCAAAAGUGAGACCUCUGGAUACUUCGAGCAGGGCCUGCUGGCCAUUAUUGAAGGCCCACUGAUGAACGACGCGGAACUGGUGCGCGACGCUGUCAAGGGAUUGGGCACAAAGGAGUGGCUAUUGAACGAUAUCCUGCUGGGCCGAUCGAAUGCAGACAUGCGCGAGAUUAAGAACGCCUAUCACCACAAAUACAACCGUAGUCUAGAAAAGGACGUCGAAGACGAUCUAUCUGCAGAGACCAAGGCGCUUUUCGCCAGAGUCAUCUCCGCAACGCGACACGAAGAGUCAACCCCGAUCAACCCCGCAGCCAUUGAGAACGAAGUCAAAAGCAUCCAUGGCUCAACCGCCGGCCGAAUGAUUAACAACGUCACUGAAGUAUGCGUCAUCUUCGCACAGAGCUCAGACAACGAGUUACGCGCAAUCAACCAAGCCUUCCAUCAGCGAUACCACGUUGAAUUAGAAAAACAUAUUUCCAAAGAAUUCUCCGGACACAUGAAAGCCGCUCUGAUCUACAUGCUACGCACUGCGACGGAUCCAGCAUUCCGAGAUGCGGCCGCUUUGGAAGAUAGCAUGUCCGGCCCUGGCACCAAGGACUUCAAACUUGUAACCAGAAUUGUGCGCUUGCAUUGGAAUAAAGCUCAUCUCGACCAGGUGAAGAGAGCGUAUCAUCAUCACUACAAACGAGAUUUGCGAGACCGGGUUCGGGGCGAGACAAGCGGCGACUAUGAGAAGUUGAUGUUGGCUUUGUUGGAGUAG